AUGGGGUUGCCUCGGGGGCACUCCGAGGACCCCCGCGAGCAGGAGGCGCCCGAGGCCCCGGCGGAGCUUCCGAGCCUCCGAGCCGCCGAGCAGCAGGCGGAAGAAGAGGAAGAAGCGGGAGAAGGCAGCAGCACCGAGAGCAGCCGCGACGCGGGGGCCGCGGAGUCCGGCGGGCGGCAGCGGGAGCAGGAACAGCAGCAGCUGAGCCAGGAGCGGGAUCGCGUGGAGGGUUUUCGCCAGAGACUCCGGGAGGCCCAGGGACAGCUCGACUCACAACCAGAGGACCAGCGUGAGCGGCUUCUGCAGAGGAUGCAGGAGAUGCGGGAACAGCUGGAUGUGGCCCAGCGUGCCUACGAGGACCUGGAGUUCCAGCAGCUGGAGAGGGAGAGCCGGCAGGAGGAAGAGAACCGGGACGGCUCUGAGCCCCGGGCACCGAACCUCAAGGUCCAGGAACUUCAGGCCAGUGUGGCGCAGCACAAGGUGAGGUACGCCCUGCAGCGCCGGGUCCAGGUCCUGGAGGAGCAGCUCAAGUCGCUGGGGGAGCAGAUGGUGGUUGAGAGCCGGGGGCUGAGCCAGAAGAAGGAGGAGGCCCUUCAGGCCCUGAUGCAGGAACGGAGCCGACUGCUCGAGCUCAGUCGCCUUCAGGGAGCACCUAGCCGCGACUUCUCUGAACCCAGCCAGGCCCUCACCAAGCUUCUGUUCACCCAGAAGACAGACCGCCAGCUGUUGGUGCUCCAGGACCCCACCGCCCACGCCACUGCCACCUCUACCUCUUCCUGCCUCUUCUCUGUCCACAGCUCCCUGCAGGGCUCCAUUGGCCUCCAGAGGACCGGGAGCCUGCCCCGAAAGCGGGGAGAGCGGGCGAGCCAGAGAGGAUCCCCCCGGCCUCUGUCCCUGCAUUGUACUGGAUCCCUGGAGGCCUCAGCUCUCCCGCCGACAGUGGGGGACUCCGGAAGACACCCCCUCUAUCAGCUGCUGAACUGUGGCCCUGGGAAUAGCUGUGGAGCCGUCCACCCCGACAUCGCCCGCAUGGAGCGGCUCCUGCAGCAGGCCGUGGCGGAGAGGGAGCGGCUGCUGAAGGCCAGGGAAGGGAUGCAAAGGAGCACAGAAGUGUCCGCAGGCCCGGCAGUUCCCGCCAUCAUGGAAAGCAUCCUGGGCUUGGCAAGGGAAGGGGAACUGGUCGUGGUCCUCUGUACCAAGUCUUGCCCUCGG